AUGGCCAACGACUCAUCGGACACACCAUCCAAGAGAAAAUGUCUUGGAGCAGACUGUGAAAAUGACGCUGGAGAUCUGCAGUGCCCGACAUGUCUAAAGCUUGGCGUGAAAGAUAGCUAUUUCUGCUCUCAGGAUUGCUUUAAGAAGAACUGGAGCCAACACAAGGCCCUCCACAAAACCGACCAAGGCAAGCCUCAAAAUGGCAUCAUCCAUAGAAUUAUAACUCCAGGGCUUGUCUCUGACCCCGAUCCAGUUACCGCAGCGUACAAUCCUUUUCCGACAUUUUCCUACCCACCUGGCACUAUCCGACCUGUCUAUCCACUUUCUCCGAGGCGUACCGUUCCCAAGUCAAUACCACACCCUGACUGGGCCGAGACUGGCAUACCAAGGGGUGAACUGCGCUUGAACAGAUCCAAGAUUGCUAUCUUGGACGCCAAGGGACAGGAGGCAAUGCGGAAAGUUUGCGCAUUAGCUCGAGAGGUAUUGGACAUCACCGCUGCAGCGCUCAAGCCUGGAGUAACCACGGAUUACCUCGACGACGUCUGCCACAAAGCUUGCGUAGAACGGAAUUCAUAUCCUUCUCCCUUGAACUACAACAACUUUCCCAAAUCGCUUUGCACUUCUGUGAACGAAGUGGUUUGUCAUGGAAUACCUGACCAGCGAGUCCUUCUCGAUGGCGAUAUCAUCAAUCUCGACAUAUCCUUAUAUCACGAGGGUUAUCACGCUGAUGUCAACGAAACGUACUACGUGGGCGAUCGGGCCAAGGCGAAUCCUGAUGCGGUUACAGUGAUUGAAACAACACGGGAAUGCUUGGAUAAAGCGAUUGAGCUUGUGAAACCUGGGACUCCCAUACGAGACUUUGGUCGCGUCAUUGAGCAGCAUGCCAAGUCCAGGGGCUGUAGCAUUAUCGCUACUUGGGGCGGCCAUGGCAUUAACACUGAGUUCCAUCCGCCGCCUUGGAUCCCACAUUAUGCAAAGAACAAGGCCGUCGGAGUUUGCAAACCCGGAAUGGCCUUCACGAUUGAGCCUAUACUCACGUUGGGGAAACCUCGUGAGGUUUACUGGCCGGAUAAGUGGACAAACGUGACUGCUGAUGGCAGAUUGACUGCCCAAUUCGAACAUACCUUACUUGUCACAGAAACAGGCGUCGAGAACUUGACUGCGGCAAAUGAGAAUUCUCCAGGAGGCCCAGUACAGAUGCCGACUACGAAUGAAACAGCAGCAGCCAACAGCACAUCUGACGCAUCGUCCGGCCUACCGAUAUCGAGUCAAGUGACAUCGCAGGGUAUGGAACGGUGA